AUGGCACCAACCCGAGACCGUGUGGUCCCUACGAAGUAUGAAAGAGAUCAGGGAAAAUUCUCAAAAAAGUUACCUAGGGCAAAUAAGAGAAGAAAUUACAAGGGCAUGAAAAAAGUUGACGACCAGUACAAGGAGUUCGUCAGCUCUGCUGCUGCAACAGAUAUGUUGCUUCAAGAAGAAGCAGGAUAUUUGGAAGCAGAUGGACCAAUGGAAAGAACGAUGAAGUUCAAACAGGACGAUAUUGCCAAUGUCGUGGACGUUAGCACGGCCAACAAGAAGUUUGACCUUAACCUACCCGAGUUUGGCCCCUACACCCUUUCCUACUCGAGAAAUGGUCGUAAGUUAUUGAUUGGAGGCCGAAAGGGCCAUGUGGCCGCCAUGGAUUGGCGUCUAGGUAAGCUAGAUUGUGAGCUCUUUUUGAAUGAGACGGUGAACGCAGUGAAGUAUUUUCACAACGAUCAAUACUUUGCAGUUGCGCAAAAGAAGUACACUUUUAUCUACGACAGAACAGGUUUGGAGCUCCAUAGACUAAAACAGCAUGUGGAACACACAAUGUUGGAUUUCCUACCUUACCAUCUCUUACUUGUGGGUGCUGGUCAUUCCGGAUAUUUGAAAUAUCAUGAUGUCACCACUGGUACAAUGGUAAAAGAGCUCAGAACAAGGAUGGGACCAACGCAGGCAAUGAAGCAAAACCCAUGGAAUGCAGUCAUGCAUUUGGGGCAUGCCAACGGUGUUGUAACCUUGUGGACGCCCUCUGCCAAUGAGCCCGUAGCAAAGAUACAAGCUACUAGAGGACCUGUUCGUGACUUAGCGAUAGACAGGGAAGGUAAGUAUAUGGCGGUCGCUGGGUCGGACAAGGUUGUGAAACUCUGGGACCUUAGAAAUUUUAAAGAGCUAGACGUGUACCGUACUCCUACCCCUGCUACAUCAUUAGAUUAUUCCGAUAAUGGUCUCCUUUCCGUGGGCUGGGGACCGCACAUUACUGUGUGGAAGGAUCUUCACAAGGGUCAUCAGGAUGAACCCUAUAUGACUCAUCUCUUACCUGGAUCAAAGAUCGAGAGUGCUAAAUUUGUACCCUUCGAGGAUCUUCUAGGAGUAGGUCAUAAGAAAGGUAUUUCAUCCUUGAUAAUUCCAGGCGCUGGUGAAGCUAACUUCGACGCUAUGGAGGUCAAUCCAUAUGAAUCCGCCAAGCAGAGACAGGAGGGUGAAGUCAAAGCUUUACUUAACAAGUUGGCUCCCGACACAAUUGCAUUGGAUCCUAACUACAUUGGUUUGGUGGACGAGAAAGCUCGUGACGUGAGAUUGAACAAGAGAGAUUUGGAGAAAGUUGAGGCUGAAGAGGCCAAAGAAAGGGAAAGCAAGGAAUUCGAAAUCAGACCAGACCUUCCGAGAGAGAAGUCUAAGUUAAAGAAGUACUUGGAGAAGAACAAGAAUAAUGUUAUGGAUGCUAGAAAAAUGAGGGCUGAGAGAAAUUUGGCGCUCGAGGAAGAAAGAAGAGAGAAAUUGAGACUCAAAGAGUUGGGAGUACCCGACAAAAAGGACGAGCUUGGACCAGCUCUCGGUAGAUUUGCAUAG